AUGGAUGAUGGAUUAUUAAUUGAGCAAGUUGCAGGGUUUCCUGCUCUAUUCAAUAAAAACGAUUGCCGCUUUAAAAAUAAAACGGCCAGAGAGCAGGCAUGGCAAACCAUUGCCGAAAUUAUGGGUUGUUCUGUUGAAGACUGCAGCAAUAGGUGGGUUGUUUUAAGGGCGAAAUAUACCACUCUCAAAAAACAAAUCAGAGAAACCCCGUCUGGAUCCGCGGGGUUCUCAAUUUCCUGGCCACAUUAUGAGGCAAUGGGGUUCUUGGACCCAUUUUUGGUGACGAGAAGGACUAUAUCAAACAUUAAAUUGAAAUACCAGAACAUCUCUAAUCUAGAGUCUUCGGAGCAAGGGCAAGGACCAUCUUCAAUUUGGGACACAAUGUCCCAACUUGAAUUUUCAGAUGUUUCUGUGGGUGCUCCGGAGACUGAAGAUUCUGUGACUGAAGUCACUGAUGAGACAGACUUCUCACCCCCGCCAACUCCAGAUCCUAUUUCAAAGAGUGGAACUCCUACCACAUCACAUUCUCAACUAUCGACUACUUCGACUUCAUUCAGCUCAUUCAAUCAAAAAAUGGCAGCACUUAGGAGGCAGAAUACAAAAGGCAGGGGUGGUGCAAUGGGUGGUACCAAGCGGAAUGCAAGAGACAUCAGGCUUAUAGUGAAGGAAUCGCCUUCAAGCUGGGCCAAAAGUCUUGCAGAAGACAUGCUGGUUUUGUCGCCAAGCCAAAGGAUCAUUUUCAAAAAAAAAUGUUACGACAUUUUGGCAGAAAUGGUACAAAACACACAGGAAUGA